CUUCCGCUUCUUCCAUUUAUCUACUUUAACGUUCUUUCUUUCUUUCUUUCUUUCUUAGCCUAGGUUCUUCUGAGAGCGUGAGUGAGUUUUUAGGUUUGUUCUUUGUUCUUUGUUCUUUGUAGGCACUGAAGAGGAAGAAAACUAUAUAGCUGAAGAAAGAGCGUAGGAUUCGGGCAAGGCAUUGAAGUUGAAGUGUGGAAGAGUUUUUAAGAGGUUGUUUCCACUAAAGGAAUGGAGGUAUAUGGUAAAUCUAUGGUUGCAGCUCCUGCAAAUGUUAUUUAUAUGUCGAGUAUUUUGGGCCGUGAUGGACCAAAUCCUGUGCAUAAGUGCGACUGGAAAUGUCAAAAUGAAAAUGUUUGCGGGAACAUGUAUCGCUGCAAGCUAACAGGGCUAACGCAUAUCUGUGAUAAAAACUGUAACCAGAGAAUUUUGUAUGAUAACCACAGCUCGCUUUGUAGAGCAAGUGGUCAAAUUUUCCCCCUUACACCAGCAGAGGAACAAGCAGUGAGGGGUGUUCGAAGAAAGCUCGAUGCAGAAAAUUCAUCUUCUGAUGGCUGUGGUUUUAAGCGUAGACGGGAUGCACAAUUCCAUACUUCUCCUUUCGAGAGAUCUUUUUCUGCUGUCAGUCCUAUCUGCAGCCAAGUUGGAGAUGGCAUGGAUAUGAGCUAGAUACAUAUUUCCUUCCUUUUUGGAUCUUUUUUUCUUUUUCCCUUUUAUUAUCAGAUGAGUAUCAAUAACAGCACUUGAAUAAAUGGACUACCUAUUGGUGGACAACAUGCAUGUCCAUCUACUUUGAGAACUCCUUAUAUUUCCAGUAAUAAUGUAAUGUGGCACUUAAAAGUAGCUUGACUGUUUAGUAUUCAGAUGACUUUAGUUUCUUGCUUACAUUGUUAGGAAGCAGACAUUUAGCUACAAGAUGAAACUCAGACUUUAUGAUGCCUGGAUUUGAUUUAGGACCUGAAAUGAUGUACUAUGUAUCAGCAUUCAUCAAUUUACUUAACUGUAACCCUUUUCUAGCUGGCUA